AGCCGCUGCUGGAAAAGGAUGAGCUCAUCGUCUGUGAGGCAGAAAGCCACAGCGCUGACAGGAGGACGCACCUGCACGGAGACCGGAGCCCCGCUGCAGAACGACGAUGGUGUGGUCCCUGGAGCGUGACGCAGGCCUGCCCCCGCUGUCCGUGAUCCUACCGCGGCUCUAUCUGGGAGCGGAGCGUGACGUGACGCAGGAGCGCCUGGCCUCUCUGGGGAUCUCCUACGUGCUGAGUGUGAGCCGCUGCACCCCCCAGCCCACCUUCCUGCCCUGCUCCAGAUACCUCCGCGUCCCCAUUGAUGACUCUCUGUGGGACGACCUGCUGCCCUGGAUCCCCAAGGCGCUGCACUUCAUCGACGCAGCCCUGUCCUCCGGGGGAUCGGUGUUGGUGCACUGCGCAGCGGGGAUCUCCCGCUCCCCUGCUCUGGCUGUCGCCUACAUCAUGUACCGCCUGGAGAUGGACCUGGACCACGCCUACAGGUUUGUGAAAGAGCGCCGGCCUUCCAUUUCCCCAAACUUCAACUUCCUGGGCCAGCUGCAGCUCUUCCAGGGUGCGCUGAGGCACAGAACCCCCGGUGGAGACUUCUGCCUGCAGCAGCAGAGCGAUCAUCAGACGUGUUCCAGCACCGACAGUCGAGCCCAGCGCCACACAGCGGACUCGUCCCAGCUGAGACACUCCACUCCAGACCGCACGGACGAUCAAAGACUAGAUCCAAGCCUCCAUCAGGAACUCAUUGAGGAACCCACCAAAGCACCCCCCAAACCCACAAAGCCACCACUCCCUCCUGAUCCAGUCUCUGUUUCAGAGAAACGCAAGAGCCUCACCCUCUCUCUGACUCCCCUGGGAGCCUGUCCCUCCACCCUGACAAAAGCCCCCACCACGUCAAAAGCUGUGCAGAGCCACACCGGGCCCCACAUCCCAUCUGGGGACUCCUGCAGGGGCCGCGCCCCCCCCAAGAGCCGGUGUGACGAGAUGAAGGAGCAGGGCCUGCUGUGGCCCUUCAGCGUGACUCUGAACAAGCUGCUGGACUGGGGGGACAGGCUGCUGCUGGGGGGGGCGUUUGUGACCCCCGUCAGAACGGGGAAGCCGGCGCUGCCCUAUGAGUGCUGAAGGUGCAUGCUGGGACCAAAACUUUGACCUCUAUUUAUUUAUGGCAGAAUAUGAGAGCAGACCCCCCCAAUACUGUUUAUCUUUACAUUUUUAAGAUGAUUGAGGAGCUUUUGGAGCGUGGCUUGAAUGUUUUACUGAUGAUUAAAGUAAAAGUUGAAUCUCGUC